CGGCUGAAUCGUGACGCACAAACGCGGUGUUGCCUCAGUCCUCAGUUCAACUCCAUUCACCGUUGAAUUAAGACCUGCCCGUUGUUACUCAGUUAUUAUUUCGACUAAAAUAAUAUAUAUACUAUCUAAUAACUGUUAUCACUAUUUAAUAAUUUAUUAAAUUGAUAUUAUUAAUUCCAGUGAUUAUAAAAUAAAUUUAUGAGAAAAAAAAAAAAUUAAUUAUAUAUAUUGUUUUAUAAAAAUCAUAUAAUUUUGAAAAGUGAAUUGUCAAAUGGAAUUUAUUCAUGUGAAGUGAUUAAUUAUUUAAGAUUUUAAUUUGCAAUGUACAUAAGGUCAUAAAUCAAAUAUUUUAAACGCACUGAUUAAAGUUUCCAUACAAUGAAUAGUGCAACGUACACUUCUUCCUGUCCGACAUUGCAGUCAAAUCUGUCCCUUCACAGUUCGUCUUACUACAGCGAGUACGGUAACACAACACAACGAAGACGAUUGUCAUCAACAGGUGAAGCAGACACAUCAGCCACGUCAAGUUACGAGGGAAGUGAAGGCAGUUCGGAGAAUAACGAUGAAAAUCGGCUGGAACCAGUCACACAGCUUGAACGAGAACAACUUGAAACUUUCUUCCGUGGAUUAAAAUCACAGGUAUUUGUUUGUGAAUCUCUCGCAAAUUUAUAUCUUGGAAGCGCAACUCAAAGUGAGCGAUGGGAUCUACGGUUUACUGGUAUUCCAGUAGUGGUUUUAGAUCUGGGUGAAACACGAUCUCGUUCUAAACGACGUAUACAAAUUUUACUCGCUGAAAGAGGUACUUGUUUCACUUUAUGGCGUGAAACUAUCGACAAUUUAUCGUCUUACAAGGUAUCUGGACCAGCUUUCCAUACCAUGUGUUUAUCAUCCGAUCACACACGCUUAGCGGGAUUAAGUUACGACAAUUCAAAAGCUGCGAAUGAUCUUUGGCAGCACAUCGAACGUCUUGUUUCUUGUCCAGAAAAUAUAAGUCUUUCAGUGCCCGGCAAAAAGAAAAAGAAACAGCCACCGGCUAAAAAAUUUGUUUUACCAGCUAAAAGUAACAUCAGUCAGCCUUGUCAGUUUCAACAUAUAACGAGUGUCGACGCCACUGAUCGAUCGCGAUAUUUUUCGCUGCAAACUCUUGUUCCAGCAUUAAAUCAUCUUAAACAUUCUAUUGAACCGACUAUUUAAGUUAUUGAUUAAUUUAUUAUUAAUUAUUAAUUAUUAAUUAUGAAUUACUCACAAGCCCAGAGAUUUAAUUAUGAAUUUGAAUUUCAAAUUUAAAUGAUAACUUUAAAGUUAAAAUUUAAAUAAAAAAACGUGCACAGCUUAUGAAAUAUUAACACGUAAUGUUAUGGUAACAAUUACUUGGAAUUAUGGGACAUAACGCAAAAUCUGGAAAAAGUUUCCAUGGCUAUGGGGACAAUUCCUAUAAAUAUAGUGAAAACUCUUAUAUCGUAUGGUAAUUGAAUUCUGGUAAUGAUUACCGAGGGAUGCCCAUGGGAAUUAACCCCAUAGAUCAUGGUUAUCGUUUCCGCAAUAUAAGUGAAAUAUUCCUAUAAUAUUAUGGUAAUCGUUACUAUACUGCAAUGGUAAAUAUUACCAUAUAUUAUGGCUAUGAUUCUCAUAAUAUACGGUAAUCAUUAUCAUACACUAUGGUAAUUAUUAGUAUGCAUUAUAAUUAUUACCAUACAUUAUAGUAACUAUUACUAUACAUUAUGGGCAUAAUUAUCAUAAUAUUGUGGUAACUAUUACCAUAAAACUGUGGUAACUAUAACCAUACAUUAUGAUAACUAUAACCAUACAAUAUGGUAACUAUUACUAUACUUUAUGGUAACUAUUACGAUCCAUUAUAGUAACUAUUACCAUACACCAUUGUAAUUAUUACUAUACAUUAUGGUAACUACUACCAGACAUUAUGGUAUCUCUUACUAUACACUAUGGGCAUAAUUACCAUAAUAUUGUAGUAAUUAAUAUCAUACAUUAUGGUAACUAUUAAUAUACAUUAUAGUAAAUAUUACCAUACACCAUGGUAACUAUUACUAUACAUUAUGGUAACUAUUGCCAUACAUUAUAGUAAUUAUUACCAUGCAUUAUGGUAAUUAUUACUCGGAUCGGUGCCAUUCCUAUAACCGACAUUAAAAAAAGCCUGUUAUCAUACAACAUGGUAAUCACUCCCAUAAUAUAUUGUAAUUGUUACCGUAAAUUUUUCUCCGUGUAAUUUUUUUACAAAUUUAUUCUAUAUGAAACUUGCAUUCAUUUUUUUGUACUCUUUUAUAUAAAUUUACUUUUGAAAUUCAUUUUAAAACAGAUAAAUUUAAAUAAUAUUCUUUGUAACGUAGUCUUCCAUAAAUUAUCGAGUUUUCAUUAUAAUAUUUGAAAUAAUACAAUAACAUAAUUAUUGUUAACAGCAGACUCAAUCAUACGAACUGAUUAUAUAAUAAAUUUUUUCUAUGUUUACAAUUUGAAUAUUUGAAAAUAAAUUAUUAAGUCUGGGUUUUAACGAAUUAAUAAUAAUAGUAAUUACGAUUAAAUAACAAGAAUUACAUUACAAAAACAUACAUAUAAAUAUAUAUAUUUUUUGUUUUGCGUAAUUACGGUGUUAUCUUACAAAUUACAAUUGUAGUGUAAUGCUGUGCUUUCAUGUGACAAAUGUUAGCAAUCUAGAUAUAUGUAGUAGUAUCUGUAAUUAAAAAUAAUAAUAAUGCACAACAUAAUGAGACUAUUCGGUAAUUAUACUCAAGUACUUCAUUUAUUUUUGGGUGUAAAAAAUCAAAAUAUUAAUAUUUUUGAAUUUUUUUUCUUUUACAGAUUAAUAAAAAAAAAAAAUUGGACUCAAAAAUUUGGUUUUUGAAUAUUUUCAUAAAAAUUUUUGAAAUUAUGAUUUUUAAAUUUUGUUUCUUUUUGUCACCAAUUAGAUAACGAAUGCAACUAUUCAGUGUUUCAUUUUUAAAACCACAAUUUUGAAUUUUUCAAAUUAUCAUUUUAUAAAAAAAAAAAAUUUUUGCUAUUUUCUAAUUUUGUAUUUCAAUGAUCUAGUAAUCAAAAUUUGAAAUUAUAAUGCAGUAAAAAUUGAUUUUUAGAAAAUAUUUAUAUUACACUGUAAAAAAAGCGGUGUUCAAAAUGGAUUUAAUUUAACACCGCAUGGUGUUAAAAUGAAAUAACAUUGGUGUAAAUGGUGUAAUUUGGCGGUGUUAACUCGGUGUAAAAAAUUUUAUCUAGAGAAAAUAAAAAUUUUUCAACACCAAAAAAUAUUUUAACACCGGUAAUGAAUAUUUACACUAGCGAGUGUUAUUUUAACACCACUUUCAGUGUUCAAAUUUAACACCACCGCCUGGACUUAGCCCUUUUUUUACAGUUUAACAAUUCAUAAAAAAAGUAUUUUAAAAAUUGAACACCAGGUAGAUAAUGAAUAAAAAAUUCGUUAUCUAAAUUGUAAUAUUUUCUACACCCAAAAAUAGUCAGAGCAGUAAAGUAUAAUUAUCAUAUUCAUAAUUAAAUAUGGUGCAAAAUAUGUAUGUUAUUAAAAUUUAACUCAUACAUUUAGCAAGCGAAUUGAUGAACGUAUCUGGGUCUCAUAUAUCUAUAUAUAUAUAUUGGCACACUUGUGCUGUUGAAUUGAAUUACAGCAGACUGAUGAUAUGUCUAUAUAUUAUUGUCUAUAAUUAAUUAAUUAAUUAAUAUUACAUCUCAUUAGUAAUUAUUGAAUAUCAUUAUCAUCAUGGUCAAUAAUAUUUAAUAUAAUUUAUUAACUUUUAAAAUAUUUAUG